UACCGUGAGAACAGGCGCCAGUUACACACGACACCGACCCGCCCGUCUUCGUCUCCUCCACCUCCGUACCCCGCUCAGCCUCCUCCACCGGCUCUCCCUCGCCGCGGUGCGUGCGUCCCCGAUGAUCACGUUCGCAGACCUGACGGAGCCGGCCGCGGCCGGCGCCGACCGAUGCGUGGACCGGCAGCUGUGGCUGGCCUGCGCGGGCGGGAUGUGCACCGUGCCUCCCGUGGGCACCAGCGUCUACUACUUCCCGCAGGGCCACGCGGAGCAUGCGCUCGGCCUCGCCGGUGCGGCCGACCUCUCCGCGGCUCGCAUCCCGGCGCUGGUCCCCUGCCGCGUCGCCGCCGUGCGAUACAUGGCCGACCAGGACACCGACGAGGUCUUCGCCAGGAUCCGCCUCGUCCCGCUCCGCGCCGGGGAGGCGGACGCCGGCCUCGAGGACGACCCCGCCGCGGACGACGAGCAGGAGAAGCCGGCGUCGUUCGCCAAGACGCUGACGCAGUCCGACGCCAACAACGGCGGCGGCUUCUCCGUGCCGAGGUACUGCGCGGAGACCAUCUUCCCGCGGCUCGACUACGCCGCCGACCCGCCUGUGCAGACCGUCGUCGCCAAGGACGUGCACGGGGCCGCGUGGAAGUUCCGCCACAUCUACCGUGGCACGCCGCGCCGGCACCUGCUCACCACGGGGUGGAGCACGUUCGUCAACCAGAAGAAGCUCGUCGCGGGCGACUCCAUCGUGUUCCUCCGCGGCGACGGCGGGGACCUCCACGUCGGCAUCCGCCGCGCCAAGCGUGGGUUCUGCGGCGCCGGCGGGGGCGGGGGCGGAGGCGAGGAAGCACUCCCGAUGCCCGGGUGGGACCACUACGCGGGCAUGAUGCGAGGCAAUGUGAGCCCGUGCGGGUCCGCCAAGGCGCGGGGCAAGGUCCGCCCGGAAGACGUGGCUGAGGCAGCGAGGCUGGCGAGCGCCGGCCAGCCGUUCGAGGUGGUGUACUACCCGCGCGCGAGCACGCCGGAGUUCUGCGUGCGCGUCGCGUCGGUCCGCGCGGCGAUGCGGGUUCAGUGGUCGCCGGGGAUGCGGUUCAAGAUGGCGUUCGAGACCGAGGACUCCACCCGGAUCAGCUGGUUCAUGGGCACCGUCGCCGGCGUCCAGGUCGCUGACCCCAUCCGCUGGCCUCAGUCGCCGUGGCGCCUCCUUCAGGUGACCUGGGACGAGCCGGACCUCCUGCAGAACGUGAAGCGGGUGAGCCCGUGGCUGGUGGAGCUCGUCUCGAGCAUUCCGGCCAUCCACCUCGCCUCCUUCUCGCCGCCGCGGAAGAAGCCACGCAUCCCGGCGUACCCGGAGUUCCCCUUCGAGGGACAGCUCCUCAACCCGGCAUUCCCGCCCACCCCACUGUCGCACGGCCACCACGGCCACCACUACCUCCACACCCACCCGUCCUUCUUCCCGUUCCCGGACGGCAGUGCUCCUGCAGCCAUACAGGGAGCCAGGCAUGCGCAAUUUGUUCCACCUUUAUCAGAUCUCCACCUUACCCACCUGCAGUCGAGCCUGCUGUACCCCGGCCUCCGCCGUCCCGAUCACGUCGGUCGGGCGGCUCCCAUCCCGGCAAGAAUCAGCACCGACCUGACCAUCGGCGGCGCGCCGGCGCGCGACGACAUGUCGUGCGCGCUGUCCAUCGGCGCCGACAAGAAGCAGCCCGGCGGCGCCAAGCCGGCGGGGCUAGUGCUGUUCGGGCGGACCAUACUGACCGAGCAGCAGAUGAGCCUCAGCGGCUCCGCCGGCGCGACCUCUCCGGCGGCGACCGGGAACGGCUACAUGAACUGGAACGCCGACAAGGGCCCCAACGCCUCGGAGGGCUCGGGCUCCGGCGUCAUCCAGAACAGCCCGACCAAGAACGCGUCGUCGUCGGAGCGGCCUCCGUGGUUCACCGAGCUUGCCGGGCUGGAGCCCGGGCAGUGCAAGGUGUUCGUCGAGUCCGACACGGUCGGCCGCAACCUCGAUCUCUCGGCGCUGGGAUCGUUCGACGAGCUCUACGGCCGCCUGUCCGAGAUGUUCUGUAUCGAGAGCGCGGAGCUGCGAAGCCGCGUGCUCUACCGCGGCGCCGCCGGCGACGUGAAGCACGCCGGCGAUGAGCCGUUCAGCGUUUUCGUCAAGUCGGCACGGAGGAUCACCAUUCUAACCGACGCUGGGAGCGACAACCUAGGGAGCUAAACGAGGAGCAGUAAAACCAAUCCCAGCCGCGAGCAUUCUGUUAUUGGUACUGCUAGCAUGUACAGGUGAACCCGCGAGGUUUUGUUCAUCUCCGUUAGAUUCCAGCUCUGAAGAGAGAUCUCCCCGUGGCAGCUCGUAAGCAAUGCCACAAUCAUUAGGCACUUCUCCCCUUCUCUCUCCCCAGUGUAUCCCUAUCAAAUGUAAAACGUGGGGGUAACCCUAGUACUCAUCUUGCUCCAUCUCUGUGUAUCCUUGGCCAUUCCGAUGCACGUAUUGGCUCGAUCACAUGA